AGGAGGGGGAGAUGGUAGCAGUAGAGGUGGAAAAUAUGUUGAGGCUGGCUGAGCAGUGUUUGGAGAGAGCCAAGUACUUCAUAGGAAAGAGAGAUGAACCCCCUACCCCUCCCUCCUCCACCACCACACCUACCAACUCAGCAGCACUCAGCCUGACCACAGCCUUAGCCCCAUCUGUUGCAGUAAGCCCUGGAAAGAUUGGUAAAUAUAUUUAUCCUCAUAUUUUGCAACGUUUUUCAAAUGACUUUUUUCCUAAAUGUAUCAUCCUCCUGUCCCUCCUCCAGUUUUGCCACAACCACAAGAGAUGUUUAUUGACUCAGGGCCUAAACAUAACCCCAGGCCUGGACACCGCAGAGUUCUCUCUGAGGGUGGAGGGGAUUUCUCCCCCUUCCUGCCCCCAGAAGUCUUCCAGAGGUUGCAGACAGUGAAGUCACAGGACACCAGAAAGUGAGUUAUCAGAGAAACUGAGGACUAAACAAUCAGGGGACAAAUGGGAAAUAUAAAUAGCCCAUCCGUGACAGCAGAAGGACUCUGUUUACAGUAUUCAUGAGACGCCUACAUCAGAAGUCAACUCUUAUUAGAGAAUGGUUGUCACUGUAAAAAUGUGUUACAUUGUCAGAGGCAGUUGAUUAAAUAAUCUACGUGUAGAAUGCAGCCCCCUUGUGAAAACUAGGCGAAUUGCAACAACACAACCUGAAUUCAAACAAUUCUCCCCCUUUCCUGGCUUUACUCCCUGUCCCCUCCCCACUUUUGCAUCUUUUUACUUUGUUUUGUACACCAGCUUCAAACAGCUGAAAAUACAAUAUUUUUGUUUAUUUAAAAUAUAUUUCACAUCGGUUUAGAUGGUACAAUGAUUCUCUACACUAUACUUGUUUUGUCUCAUAAACUGACAUUAAAAUAAAUGGCAGAGAGAAUUCUACUACCCAAGUCUGCCGUUGUUGAUUCUGCUCCUGAGGAGAUUACUGUUAAGUUGCGUCAAUUCAAAUCUGGUAUUUGGAACAAAAGAGGUCAAUACACGUCUUCUAAAAUAAACUAGUAUUUUAAUUAAUGCAAACCACUUCAAUGGUAAAUAUGAUGUUCGUAUAUACGGGUCCACUGAAAUACCACGCAGGGCACUCAGAGAACUAAGCCAUUGUUAUGAGUUCUUCUUAAAAUACUCUGACAGAGAUAGUUCCCGCUCCCUGCUGGCCAAUCAGAGUAGAGACUGAGCGCGGUUUAGACUUACUCAGCCAAUCGUUGGCGCACAGGCUGGUCUCAGCCCCUUGGCGCUCCACUGUUGCACACUGUUGCCAGGCAUAAGUUUGUUAUCAUCACAACCUGUAGAGUCAUCACCCAUAGACACUGUUCCCCUGUACUCCUUCUACCUACGUCCUUGGACGGUUCACAGACAACAAAGAGGCAGUGUAGUCUAAUAUUUUGAGACACAAGUUCUUAUCUCCCCCUACUCCCUAAAACAGCUCCUCACAUUAAUCACAGCUUGUUAGGUUAAACAAUUUAAAUCAGUACAGUACAAACCUUUUAUGUUUAAUCAUUAAUGCAUUCUUUCUAAGCUAGGUAUCACAUCCAGUUACAAGAAAAAGAUCCCCACAUUACCAAGCCUCUGCAUGAUGCUGAUGGAAGAGUGGGAGGGUGCAGCUUUCCCAUUUGACAACAAGAGGCAGACCAUCUUUUGUUGUGAAAUAGGAAGGCUACAAUUUUGUGAAUCAAAUUCCGCUAUUACUGCAGAUACACUGAACGUACAAAACAGAACAGCUUCCUAAUAUUGAGUUGCACCCUCCUUUGUCCUCAGAACAGCCUCAAUUCAUUGGGGCAUGGACUCCACAAGGUGCCGAAAGGGAUGCUGGCCCAUGUUGACUCCAAUGCUUCCCACAGUUGUGUCAAGUUGGCUGGAUGUCCUCUGGGUGGUGGACCAUUCUUGAUACACACAGGAAACUGUUGAGCGUGAAAAACCCAGCAGCGUUGCAGUUCUUGAAACACUCAAACCGGUGCGCCUGGCACCUACUACCAUACCCCGUUCAAAGGCACUUAAAUAUUUUGUCUUGCCCAUUCACCCUCUGAAUGGCACAUAUACACAAUCAAUGUUUCAAGGCUUUAAAAUCCUUCUUUAACCUGUCUCCUCCCCUUCGUCUACAUUGGUUGAAGUGGAUUUAACAAGUGACAUCAAUAAGGGAUCAUAGCUUUCACCUGGUCAGUCCCUCAUGGAAAGAGGCGUAAUGUUUUGUACACUCAGUGUAUAUUAUGGACAUUUUCUGAAAUUACAAUGCAAAAAUUGUACAUGUAACUCCUUUAAUACAGAGUUUAUUAAUGCAGAGUAUUUUAAUACUACAGAACUGAAAUGCACAUUGUAUGCCCACCCCAGUCGUAGACUUGCUACAUUUUAAACCUUUGUUAACAUGUGACUAAACAUUUUGUAAAAUGUUUUUGUGUAUAUGAAAGGGAGCUUACACCCAUAGAGGAGGCAUCACGGUUGAACCAGAAGUUGAAAGCAAAUUAUGAAGCUCGUCUGGCCCGACUGCCCCCUGCUCAGGCCCGUACACAGAAGACAUCUCUGGUCAGUGUUUGUGUGUUAUUAUGUCACUUGUACCAAACAGACACCACACACCACAUUGAGUUGAACAAUGUGUGUGUGUGUGUGUCAAACUUUUAUGUAGUGGAUUUAACAGCUAUGUGGAUUUCACAACCUUUCUUUUUUGCUUUGUUGUUCUACUGUAAUAUGACACACAGUAUUAAACUCAGAAUGAAAAUGGCAGCCAGUUUACUAAGAAGAUCCCUCAAUUUAUCCCAGUUUAAUACAAAGUAAAGCAGAAAGGUUAUGAAAUCCACACCGCUGUUAUAUUCACUACAUAUACUGUACAUUUGAGACACAUGCACACACACACACACACACACACACACACACACACACACACACGAGUACCAUCUGAUGUUGGUAUAAAAUCAAAGUUGGACCCAACGAGCGCUCAGGAGGGAAGAUGGCGGAAGUGCUGGUUGAUUCUGAUGGCGCGCGUUUGAGUGAAGUCGUUGAGAAUGAAUGGAAGACGGUGAUAACGAAAAUGGAGCAAAAAGAGCAAAGUUGUAAACUAACUUCGGUUCCUGGUAGGAGUGCAAUUCAUCAACAAUGAUCCAUUUGAGGUCACAAAGAUUUUAAAGGAGGCAUUAAGAAAGGCAGUCAGUCAGAGGGACCAGGAGUGGUUUUGUUUUGAUUUCCUGCGUCUCAAAAGAGCAGAAGGAGAAGGCAUUGUGGCUCUAUAAAUGAUCAAAAUCUGAAAUGGAGAGCUUUUUAUUUUCGGCGCAAUCAAAUCAAAUUUUAUUUGUCACGUGCUUCGUAAACAACAGGUGUGGACUAACAGUGAAAUGCUUACUUACGGGCACUUCCCAACAAUGCAGAGAGAAAGAAAAUAGAGAAAAUAUUAGAAAAGUAAUCAUAAAUACACAAUGAAUAACGAUAACUUGGCUAUAUUCACGGGGUACCAGUACCGAGUCGAUGUGCAGGGGUACAAGGUAAUUGAGUAGAUAUGUACUGUUCGUUUUUACUCUGUUUAUUUAGAACCUAACGGACAACUAGAAAAAGCUCAAUCCAAGUUUAUUCACCCACUGGGUCACACAGCUGCAUAAGACAAAGACAUGUUCCCACCAGCACAAGUAUUUAUACCCCACCUUAGGCAGAGUCUCCUCCUUUUCUCUAAACAUUACAUCUUUGUUGCUAGGCAGGAGUUAAGUGAUGUGGGUAAUAAACUGUUCCUUCUCCCUUCAUGUGACCUGACCUCGGUCCCCAUUCCUCACUAAUCCACAGCUAUCCAACCUUAUCAGUGACCGCAACCAACCAAAGCCAUUUCCCUUACUUAGUAACAUUCCAAGCCCACCAUUCCUCCUACAUAUAACCAUUAACUUCUGGUGUAGCAAGUAUUUCAAAUUACAACCCAACAACUGAAACCAGACUGUGGCCCUUCUCCUCUCCAUAAGAUACCUAAUAUCUAACAAUAACAUGUUCUGACAGAAUGUAAACUUUCUGCAUUCCCCUCUCCCAGAGUAACAUCAAUAAGGAUAUUUCAAGUUUAGAAGUCAGAACCCAUCAGUACAUAUAACUAAGAAUAAAGUGAAUAGUCCACAGGACAGAUACUAAACAGUAACUGUAGCAGCAGUGUAUGUGAUGAGCAAAAAGGGUCAAUGCAGAUAGUCCGGGUAGCUAUUUGGUUAAUUAUUUAACUAACUAUUUAGCAGUCUUAUAGCUUGGGGGUAGAAGCUGUUCAGGGUCCUGUUGUUUCCCGACUUGGUGCAUCGGUAACGCUUGCUGUGCAGUAGCAGAGAGAACAGUCUAUGACUUGGGUUGCUGGAGUCUUGGACAAUAUUUAGGGCUUUCCUCUGACACCGUCUGGUAUAGGGGUCCUGGAUGACAGGGAGCUCGGCCCCGGUGAUGUACUGGGCCAUACGCACUACCCUCUGUAGCACCUUGCGGUCAGAUGCCAUGCAGUUGCCAUGCCACGCGGUGAUCCAGCCAGUCAAGAUGCUAUCAAUGGUGCAGCUGUAGAACUUUUAGAGGAUCUGAGGGCCCAUGCCAAAUCUUUUCAGCUUCCUGAGGGAGAAGAGGCGUUGUCGUGCCCUCUUCACAACUAUAUUGGUGUGAGUGGACCAUGAUAGAUCCUUAGUGAAGUGGACACCGAGGAACUUGAAGCUCUCUGCCCGCUCCACAACAGCCCUGUUGAUGUGAAUGGGGGUGUGCUCAGCCCUCCGUAUCCUAUAGUCCACGAUCAGCUUCUUUGUCUUGCUGACGUUGAGGGAGAGGUGGUUACCCUGGCAACACACUGCCAGGUCUCUGACCUCCUCCCUAUAGGCUGUCUCAUUGUUGUCCGUGAUCAGGCCUACCACUGUUGUGUCGUCAGCAAACCUAAUGAUGGUGUUGGAGUCGUGCACGGCCACGCAGUCGUGGGUGAACAGGGAGUAUAGGAGGGGACUAAGCACGCACCCCUGAGGGGCCCCCGUGUUGAGGGUCAGCUUGGCGGCUGUUGUUGCCUACCCUCACCCCCUGGUUGCGGCCUGUCAGGAAGUCCAGGAUCCAGUUGCAGAGGGAGGUGUUCAGUCCCAGGAUCCUUAGCUUAGUGAUAAACUUGGAGGGCACUGUGGUGUUGAACGCUGAGCUGUAGUCAAUUAACAGCAUUCUUACAUAGGUGUUCCUCUUGUCCAGGUGGGAAAGGGCAGUAUGGAGUGCAAUAGAGAUUGCUUCAUCUGUGGAUCCGUUUGGGCGGUAUACGAAUUGGAGUGGGUCAAGGGUGUCUGGGAUUAUGUUGUUGAUGUGAGCCAUGACCAGCCUUUCAAAGCAUUUUAUGGCUACAGAUGUGAGUGCUAUGGGGCGAUAGUCAUUUAGACAGGUUACCUUGGUGUUCUUGGGCACAGGGACUAUGGUGGUCUGCUUGAAACAUGUAGGUAUUAGACUGGGUCAGGGAGAGGUUGAAAAUGUUAGUGAAGACACUUGCCAGCUGGUCAGCGCAUGCUCUGAGUAAGUGUCCUGGUAAUCAGUCUGGCCCUGCAGCCUUGUGAUGUUAACCUGUUUUAAGAGAAUGUGAUCACACAGUUGUCCAGAACAGCUGGUGCUCUCACAAAUGGUUCAGUGUUGCUUGCCUCAAAGCGAGCAUAAAAGGCAUUUAGCUCGUCUGAUAGGCUCGUGUCACUGGGCAGCUCGUGGCUGGGUUUCCCUUUUGAAAUCUGUGAUAGUUUGCAAGGCCUGCCACAUCUGACAAGUGUCAGAGCCGGUGUAGUAGGAUUCGAUCUUAGUCCUGUAUUGAAGCUUUGCCUGUUUGAUGGUUCGUCUGAGGUCGUAGCGGGAUUUCUUAUAAGCAUCCGGAUUAGUGUCCCACUCCUUGAAAGCGACUUCUCUAGCCUUUAGCUGAGUGUGAAUGUUGCCUGUAAUCCAUGGCUUCUGGUUGGGAUUUGUACAUACGGUCACUGUAGGGACGACGUCGUCGAUGCACUUAUUAAUGAAGACUGAUGUGGUAAACUCCUCAAUGCCAUCGGAUGAAUCCAGGUGCUAGCGAAACAGUCCUGUAGUUUAGUAUCAGCUUCAUCUGACUUUCUGUGUUGAGCGCGUCACUAGUACUUCUUGUUUUGAGUUUUUGCUUGUAAGCAGGAAUCAGGAGGAUAGCGUUAUGAUCAGAUUUGCCAAAUGGAGGGCGAGUGAGAGCUUUGUAUGCAUUUCUGUGUGUGGAGUAAAGGUGAUCUACAGUUUUCUCACCUCUAGUUACACAGGUGACAUGAUGGUAGAAAUGAGGUAAGACAGAUUUCAGUUUUCAUGCAUUAAAAUCACCGGCUCUGGAUGAGCAUUUUCUUGUUUGCUUAUUGCCCUAUACAGCUCGUUGAGUGCGCCAACAUCGGUUUGUGGUGGUAAAUAGACAGCUACAAAAAAUAUAGAUGAAAACUCUCUUGGUAAAUCUUAUGGUCUACAGCUUAUCAUUAAGUAUUUUAACUCAGGCGAGCAGAACCUCGAGACUUCCUUUAAUAUCAGAGAUUGCGCACCAUCUGUUGUUAACAAAGACACACACACCUUCCCCUUGAGCUUACCCGACGCUGCCGUUCUGUCCUGCUGAUUCAUAGAAAAACCAGCUAGAUGUAUAUUGUCCUUGUUCAGCCACGACACCGAGAAACAUUGGAUAUUACAGUUCUUCAGCACCGAUAAAAGGUGUUAUAUCUGGAGUCUUUUUGGACAUUGUGGUUAGUUAUAUUAUGCAGAAGAUUCCAGGAGUGGUUAAAGCAUGUCGCCUAAACCGUGUAGUAGAUGGAAAGAAGGAGGAAAGUCAAUCGGUUUUACUGAUGUUUGAAGAAGUAUCUGCCUACUCAUGUGAAGCUGGGAUACGUAAGAUACGCAGUAAGAGCGUUUGUGAAGUGCCGAAAUUGCAAAAUGUAUCAAGUGUGUUCUGACGAAAUCAAUAUAUUGGUGAAGAAUGUGAUGAUCUACGGAGUUGCAAUUGUGGUGGAAAUCACGUUGCCGAAUUCCCGGAGUGCUUUGCUAGGGUGAAGGAGUUUGAAGUGGCACGGAUCUGGGCUGUACAGCAGGUCGUUCACCAGUUGAAGGAUACAGAUACAUUGUUAGUGAAGGAGGUGGAUUUUGUGGCGUUUAUUGUGCAAGUGAUUAAUUGUACUGCCCAAUCGAACAAGAAGUACAAGAAACUGGACAUAAUUGUAUCUGCGGCUGCAAGGUAUUUGGGUAUUCAGGAAUUAACAACUGAAACAUUGCAGGGAAUACUGACUGAAGAUUAUCCCCCCCCACUCCCAGGCCCCUGAGCCUGUGUAGGGAUGUGAUUUGGAUUGGACUAUGACUGAAGAAGUGGGAUGUUUUUUUUAUUUAUCUAAUUUUGUCUUUUGUGUGAUGUCGUUUUAUUUAACCAUUCCGCAAUGGAUAAAAAAAGUAUCCAGUUCACUACCCGUAAAGUAGGUAGCGACAUGCACGUUAAAUUAGUGCGAACACCAUUCUAUCAGAGAAGAAGAGCUCAGCCUCAUGUUUCUUCCACCUAAAUGAUGUCCCUCAGUUCUGUGACCCUGUUAUGUUAUAUGUAGACCAGCAGAAACCAGCUUCAAAUGAAGUCGACUGAUAACAUGGAAAGAAGAUAAUUAAUUAUUUAUGCUGGACGCAAGUGUACAUCAUUGACUCCUGUAUCUAUCUUUGUUAAAUAGAAUACUCUGGGCUUUCCAUUGAAGCACAAUCACAUGCGUGCACGUGACUAGUGGCAUGCAAAUCCAUACAAGGUUCACGCCCCUACCGAGGUAACAUUAGAUCAUAAUGGAUAUUAAUUGGGGGGGUUAGAUUAUUAUUUUCAUAGUCAUGGCACGCUUUGUCUAAGAGCUAUUGAAAAUUGAACGCAGAUUUUUUAUUUUUUUUAUUUUUUAUUCUACAACAACAAAAAGCCAUGGAUUUCUGUCCAUCCUCCCCGAUUCAGAAUAGAUCAUUUUCAUAGUCAUGGCAUGCUUUGUGUAAGAGCUAUUGAAGAUUGAAAUCUGAAAUAUUGUAUUUAUUUAUUUAAGCUGUGGAUUGUUCUCCUUCCACCCCUGAUUCAGAGUAUACCAUCUUCAUAGUCAUGGCAUGUUUGUAGCUCAGCUGGUAGAGCACGGUGCUUGUAACGCCAGGGUAGUGGGUUCGAUCCCAGGGACCACCCAUACACACAAAAAAAUAAUGUAUGCACGCAUGACUGUUAGUCGUUUUGGAUAAAAGCGUCUGCUAAAUGGAUUAUUAUUAUUAUUAUUAUUAUUAUUAUUAUUAUUAUUAUUAUUAUGCUUGGUUCAAUAGCUAUUGACGAGAGAACCGAAUAUCCAAUAUAGGCUAAAACUAAUUUGACCUCGGUCACGCACCUUCAUCUUCAAGGUGAUCAGGUACGUUUGGAGUUUAUUUGGCGCGUUUGCUGGAUCCUGACCUUCCAGUUGAAUUAAUAGGAUUAGUGACUCCGUGAAGGUUAGAGAUUGAGGCAAGAUACGGUCAGAAUAAAAACUACAGCGUGCAGUUUUUUCUUGUGUUAAUUUAUCAUACCGGUAGUCAUAAAACCGAAACAAAUGUUCUUCUCAGAAAUAGUGAGUAUACAUCCUCCCGAGUGGUGCAGCGGUCUAAGGCACUGCAUCGCAGUGCUAGAGGCGUCACUACAGAUCUGGGUUCGAUCCCAGGCUGUGUCGCAGCCGGCCGCGACUGGGAGACCCAGUCGGCGCACAAUUGGCCCAGCGUCGUCCGGGUUAGGGGAGUGUUUGGCCGGCUGGGAUGUCCUUGUCCCAUCGUGCUCUACGACUCCUGUGGCGGGCCGGGCGUAUGCAUGCUGAUACGGUCGCCAGUUGGACGGUGUUUCCUCCGACACAUUGGUGCGGCUGGCGUCCGGGUUAAGCGAGCAGUGUGUCAAGAAGCAGUGCGGCUUGGCAGGGUCGUGUUUCGGGGGACGCAUGUUCCUUGACCUUCGCCUCUCCCGUAGGGGAGUUGCAGGGAUGGGACAAGACUGUAACUACCAAUUUGGAUAUCACGAAAUUGGGGAGAGAACGUUGGGGUAAAAAUAAAUAAAAAUAAUAGUCAGUAUUUCGGGGGCACUUUAAGGGACACUGGUCGCAUUGUCAUGUCAACACUAUUUUUACUUAGUUCCCAAGCGUUUUAGUAGGUAAAAAAAAAAAAAAAGAUUCCAUGAUUUAGAUGCCAAGAAUGUUCCAGCGACAUAACGGCCACAUGGAUCUGCGGUCUCACUGGAAAAGACUAUAGGAAUUUGUGAAGGGACACUACAUGGCCAAAGGUAUGUGGACACCCCUUCAAAUGAGUGGAUUUGACUAUUUCAGCCACACCCGUUGCUGACGGGUAUAUAAAAUCGAGCACACAGCCAUGCAAUCUCCAUAGACAAACAUUGGCAGUAGAAUGGCCCGUACUGAAGAGCUCAGUGACUUUCAACGUGGCACCAUUAUAGGAUGUCACCUUUCCAAUAAGUCAGUUGAUCAAAUUUCUGCCCUGCUAGAGCUGCCCCGGUCAACUGUAAGUGCUGUUAUUGUGAAGUGGAAAUGUCUAGGAGCAACAACGGCUCAGCCGCGAAGUGGUAGGCCACACAAGCUUACAGAAUGAGACCGCUGAGUGCUGAAUCGUCUGUCCUCGGUUGCAAUACUCACUACCGAAAAACUGCCUCUGAAAGCAUCGUCAGCACAAGAACUGUUCAUCGGAAGCUUCAUGAAAUGGGUUUCCAUGGCAGAGCAGCCGCACAACAAGUCUAAGAUCACCAUGUGCAAUGCCAAACGUUGGUUGGAGUGGUGUAAAGCUCACCGCCAUUGGACUCUGGAGCAGUGGAAACGCAUUCUCUGGAGUGAUGAAUCACGCUUCACCAUCUGGCAGUCCAACGGACGAAUCUGGGUUUGGCGAAUGCCAGGAGAACGCUACCUGCCCAAUGCAUAUUGCCAACUGUAAAGUUUGGUGGAGGAGGAAUAAUGGUCUGGGGCUGUUUUUCAUGGUUCGGGCUAGGCUCCUUAGUUCCAGUGAAGGGAAGUCAGCAUACAAUGACAUUCUAGACGAUGCUGUGCUUCCAACUUUGUGGCAACAGUUUGGGGAAGGUCCUUUCCUGUUUCAGCAUGACAAUGCCCCCGUGUACAAAGCGAGGUCCAUACAGAAAUGGUUUGUUGAGAUCAGUGUGGAAGAACUUGACUGGCCUGCACAGAGCCCUGACCUCAACCCCAUCGAACACCUUUGAGAUGAAUUGGAAUGCAGACUGCGAGCCAGGCCUAAUCGUCCAACAUCAGUGCCCGACCUCACUAAUGCUCUUGUGGCUGAAUGGAAGCAAGUCCCCAUAGCAAUGUUCCAACAUCUAGUAGAAAGCCUUCCCAGAAGAGUUGAGGCUGUUAUAGCAGCAAAGGGGGGACCAACUCCAUAUUAAUGACAAAAUGGUGUCCACAUACUUUUUUUUAUAUCCAUGUAGUUUAAUUGUUCCAAUGAUGCGUUUCGCGCAGUAAGAGAUGUAGCACAGACUUCCGCGUAUGUACUCGCAGGGUGACUAGUAGUGACUUCUCCAGUAGCCUACUCAAGAGUGCAAUCAAUGACAACCCUUAAACUAUGACGUUUCGUUGUUCAGACCCUGAUAAGCCAUAUAUAAUGCAAUUGGCCAGCAGUUAGCCGACCUCAGGCUAAUACUGGUUGUAGUGUUGAGGUGAUAAUAACUUUUAUGUUUACCUUUCAACAAGAAUUCUGCCUCCUGGAAAAUAUUACUUGUCUUAUUUACUAAUUACAUUGUGUGUGAGAUAUCUGACAUGCAUGUAUUAAUUUUCUUUCAUUGCAGACUCUCUCUCUUCAGAGGCAGAUGAUGGAGAACCUGAUUAUUGCCAAGGCCAGGCAAGAUGCUGUAUCCUUCGUUUCUGUAAUUUAAUGUGGACUUUCGGUUGCCUGGCUACCAAGCCUCAAUGCUCCAGCAAAACGCUACGCCACGCCCACGGACAUUAGUUUCUUCUCCGCAAUGAGUCUGGAUCUGAGGACCUCCACGACCCUUCACCGAAUGCGAACACAUUUGGGGCCGUCUGAUUUGUGGGUUCGGCUGGAGCCAGAACAUGUGGGUAAAGCGGCGGUUUUAAAAUGUGUCAUUGGCUUUGAUACUAUGAUUGGUUUGAGACGAUCCAAUCGCUGAUGACCUUGUUUUGUACAAGGCCCCUAGUUAUCACAAAUGAUUUUAAUGAUGGCAGUCUCAGACUAAAGUAUGUAGCGAAUGACAGAGCAGCGGAAGAAUUUGGUGUGAGUUGUUGACUCGUCAGGCUAGACUUUCGGGGUCAGUUUGUUAUUAUAUAAGUCUAGGGGUUAUUGGGUAAGACUAUCCACUUGAGUAAACCAGGAUCCAAUUGAUGGUAUCAGGGCUCAAGGAGCCUUACGUGUGACCCUUGGAACACACAUUCCAGACAUCUCAUGCACUGGCGUACCGGACACCCCCACAGCCCACGCAAGGAGGACCCUAAAGGGUUAUAUCAUCUAUUAUAGUGAUUGACCUAUUGGUUGUUUGAAAGUAAACACCUUCUGAGAUAAUGAAUAAUAUUGGUUGCCCAUGGUGGUAGGCAUGUAGCUUUGGGGUGAGCUGCUAUAUUAUGUUUAUAUCCAGUGGACAUUUGGGAAGGUUUCCUUAAUGUGUGUGAAGCUCCAAAGGAAGAUGGAGGAAAGGAGACUGAGGCUGCAGGAGGAGGCCAACAGGUGAGCAUUCAUUCAUCCCCUCUGACAGUAGAGCUCGGGACACAUCACAGUUGUAUGGCUUUACAGGCUAACGGAAGUAUAACUUUGUAGGGAUUAGAAUCAGAACAGAAAGCCAAUAGUUGUGUACUUGCCGUUAAGUAUCGAAUAUUCCCGAACCAUUUCCCUUCAUUGAGUGCUCAAUUUACAUCCACCUAUGAUUUAAGUGUUCUGAUAUGUAGUAUGAAUGAAAGUCAUUGAAGUGGUGCUUGGAGCUGAGCUCCAGUUACAUCCAUAUAUCAGAUUAGUAAUGUGUCUGUGCUGUAUGCAGGAGGUUUGCCGCAUCUGGAACAAUUACUGCAGAAGAACAGGAACAACGUGUUCUGUACACAAAUAUUUUGGAAUAUGAACAAGAUCAUGUGAGUUCAGAGUUCAGUGACAACUUGACAAGCCUUUGUGUUGAUAAGUGAACUUUAGUGUUUGUUUUCAGAGAAUGAGAAGGUUAUUGGUUAAGUGACUGCUGUCGAGUUGUCCUCAUCCUGUGUAUGUGUUUGACUUACAGGACUGGCCCAAGUUUUGGAAAGCCAAACUCAAGAAAAAUCCUGAUGAUGCCACCUUGGUCUCUGGCCUUGUUUCAUGUCUUCUCAGGUACUGAACACGAGGCAUCACAAGGCAGUCAUAAAUCUUGCCAAACAUAAUGUUACUUAAUUUCCUUUUGAAUAGAGGAGUAAUUUGUAUUGUUCUGUGUUGUGUGCUCUGUGUAUCCUAGCUGUCCAGACCACCCUGUGAUGAAGCUACUGAAAAGUCUCCAGUACAGAGUUUACAACAGGCUCUAUCCAAUCGUGAGCAAGAGUCUACCUGCAAGUCCUGCCCUGCCCAUGAAACCCUCCCGCAGUGCUCAGAGCUUGUUGAUUUCAGACUCUCAUCAGAACGUGUCAAAAUCUGGCACGGGUCACAGUCUGUCCUCCGACGCCUCUCUCAAUAUCUCCUCCUCCCACGACCAUAAUGCCAACGAGGAGGAGUUGGAUAGUGAUGAGCCCCAUACUCUGGACAGGGAGAAUUUGUUUGAGGAUCUAGAGCAGUUCCUGACACAGCUGGAUCGGGCCCCCUCUCAUAGGGACCCUAACAUGACCUUUGAACCAUCACAGUUGGAUCAGGAGUCCCUCGUUCAGGACUUGGAGAUGCGUGCUCUCAAAAAGCACCUGAAGGCUAUAGUGAAGGACAUCCAUAUUGCCAUUGGUUAGUAGUAAACCUCACUUUAUCAGGAAAUGUUUUGCAAAGAUGUCAAGGGGAUGUGUUCUCUAAUGGAAAACAUAUCAACCGAAAUUAAUGAACAUAUUUGUUUGUGGGUUCCAGAUCAACUGUUGUCUCUGUGUUUGCUCUCAUUUGAGUGUCUGAACACGGCCAGUUCUAAGGACCUGUGUGUGGCCAGCAUAGAGGAAGCCUUCUUCACUCCCCUCUGGAGCCCUCUUUUGGUCCUCUUCAGGUAAUGCAGCUUCAAGUCUCAUCAUCCCUUCCGUUUUGCUUUAUUACAAUUUUCUAGUCUUUUAAUUUACAGUCACUGUUUGAUAAGACUUCUUAAAUUACACUUUUAAUGGCCAUUAUACUAAAACCCAGUCCAACGCUGUAUUUUGCUGCUCUGAUCACAUGCACAUAUUUUGUGAUUUUUAUUUUAUUUAUUUAACCAGGCAAGUCAGUUAAGAACAAAUUCUUAUUUACAAUGACAGCGAUGAUGAUGAUUGAAAUCUCUUGUAUGCAAAAUGAGUCGGAUGUCAGGCAGUGGUCAGUAGAUGGCGUCAGUAGGCUACAAGUAGAAACUGUUCCCUCUUCUUCUAUUGUUGAUUAUGCUAUCAGUGCAGUGAGAUGAUUACUAGACCUGUUACAACUUUGUUGUGCAACCAUUCGUUGAUCUAUUCAAUCUAUUGUCCAUUUAGAAAGUAGUUCAGUAUGACAGCUGGUGUCAAUCAUGUCACAAAACCUGUUGGUUAGUCAUAGUAACCCCUUGUAUCUUUGUGUGUCCUGGCUGGACUAUGCAGGAAGGUCCACAGAGAGAGGGAGCUGUCCUUUGAGUCCAGUAUGAGGCUGUAUCAGGACGCCUCACCUGGUGACGUUGGUGUCGCAUCGAAACUGUACCCCCAGGACCCUGUUGUGCUGCAUGGUUCCUACCCCUAUGAAUCAGCAGUGCAGGAGCUUCGCUUGCUGUGCAGAGAUUGCUGUCCCCAGAGAAAGCUGGAGUGCAUUGGUGAGUGAGCCCCUUAAAACCCUCACUGGACAAUGAUAGUGUGGGAAGUGUUCUUCACAUUGCUCAUACAAGGGAAGCAUUUGAUCUCUACUAGCACCAUUGUUUAUUGUGCUGAAUGAAUGCCAUGGGGGGGAAAAUCCAUGUCUCUCUGGCACAAUAACAUCCACUACACAAUGUUCUUUAUUUUAGACAGGCUGGAAGCUGAAUUGACUUGUUUGGUCUAAUUAUUGAUAUUUUCCAUAUGCCUAUCUAUUAGUCACCUUUGUUUUGCUUGCUGUUCUGUUGCAGUUCGGACAUUGCGUCUGAUAUGUGCUUGUGCUGAGGACUACUGCUGCCUUCAUGAGCCGGAAUCCAAAACAGCAGCCAUGUGAGUCUAAUACUACAACAUUGCUUUUAUGGAUAUGAACAUGCUCACACGUGCUGGACCAUGCUGAUUUCCCUCUCAGGUCUCUCUCACUCUCACUCACUCACAUUUCAAAUAAAGUUAUUUAUAUUUCAAAAUUUCUUCCCCCCAUUCUUCUGUUUGUGCUUUUAUAAAGACUAGGACUUACGGUACAGACUUUUUUUUGGGGGGGGGUGGGGGAGUAUCCUAAUAUAAUUUUCCUCAGUCAGUGGUCGCCUUGUCAGACUUCAUCAGGGCUCACUAAGGCCAGGCGCAGCAGGGGUCUGGCCAAGGAUCACUGCCCCCUGCAGAGUGCCCCAUCCUGGCCGACCCUCAAAGUGGGUCGCCUUGUCUGGAACUUACCCAGGCAGGUCCCAGCUAGCCAAGGAGCCGUGGGAGGGAAAGCAGCUCUACUGAAGGAAUACAGAGUGUAGAUGCUAAGUCAUGCUUGAGGUUGGGGUGGGGGGAGUAAUAUAGUGAGGAAGUUUACUGGGUUGUUUGCUUGAUUUAGGGGUCUGCUACUUGAGGAUUUAAUGAGGUUUGCUAGUGUAGGCAGGAAACUGAUGAGGUAGAUCACAAACAUUUAAGAGCCAGUCCACAAGCUACCUAAAUGACAUCCAGUAAACGGCUGUCUGCAUCAUAGGCCCAUUGCAGGAGCUUAUACAAGGCGCCUUUAAAACUAAACUGUUGGAGGAUGUGGGCUUCAAUUCCAUGCUCCCCCCCCCCCCCCCCCCCAAACCCAGGACCAACAAAACAAAUCUCUGUCUCGCUCAUUUUCUCUCAUAUUAAUGUUUGUUAGGGGCAUUGAGAAAAAAGCUCAUGCUCCAUAUCUGUCUCCUUGUAUUGAUGUAGUCGGAGCUGAAUUCCACAAAGCCUGGUCUCUGCUCCACUCUGUUAGUGGAGUUCAUCAGAAACUUCCUUCACCAUGGAGUAGAGUUUAGUCAGCUAGGUCUAGUCAAUAUAUUUUGGGGUGAUGUUUGGUUUUGGACAUGGCAUACUGUUUCCAGCAGUGUCAAUUUUUUUGGGGGGAAUAUCUUUUCUCCAUUGCUUCUUAAGGUUCAGAGUGUUUCAAUUUAAGAAAAAGGUUUCCAACAGUAUUGAAAGAAGUGCUUCCUAUUCUGAGGAGUCAGUUUGGGACUGCAGAAUUAAUGGGUUCAAUGUGACCAUUAUUCUCACUAAUUACUUUAAAAAGUGUUCACAUAAAAGUAUGAAUGCAGUACGCAUGUGUGAACAUUAUCAAUCCAUUUUCCCUUUUUUCCUGUCACUUUAGUUUCCUUCUUACAAACACAAACACACACACACACACACACACACACACACACACACACACACACACACACACACACACACACACAGUCUGCAGCCAACUUCCUCAUUCAUUGUUAGUCUCGUUCUUUCUUUUGUUUCUGACCAGGUGGGGCUCAUUUUGUCCUCUCCAUCCUCUUUUGUCUGAACCAACUCCAAUUUCGCUUUCUUUCUCUCCCUCACACUUCUCUCUUCACUUUGUCUUUUUUCUUUUUCAAUAUCUCGAUUGUUUUCUCAAAUUGACCAUUUCAGUUUUGAUUUUGACCCGAUUUCUUUAGAUAAACAACCCUGUAAUGGCUUUUCAAUUAUGUCAACUUUGUCUAUGACUGGUUGUGUUAUGACGCUUCACGUUUGCCCCUUAAUUUGAUAUUUAUGCUAACACUGGAAUUUAUAGACACUCAUUUGAAGGUUCUAGGAAUGUGUUUGUAUGGGUCAGUGCGUAUUUACAGUUAAUAAGGGGGUGGUUUCGUGUGUUGUGAUUAUGGGUGUAAACUGUAAAGUGUGAGCCCUGGGUUAUAUGACACGGUCCACACCUCUUUUAACCUGCGUGCCAGGGAUUUGGUUACCUCUGGCUGGGUCAGUAAGGGGACAGUCAUCCACCUUCUCACGCAAAGAAAUCUGUGAUUGCGUGUGAUGGGUGAUGAACAAGGGUCACUGGACCAGUGGGGAUGCUAUCAUUAUCAUCAGUGGAAAUGUGUACCACAACAGAUAAUACUUUUUUUAACACUUGAUAUUCUAACACAACCAUUUCAAAUAGAAUUUGAUUUCAUUUUUAACUGUUUGUUAUUACUUGGUUUUCUCUAAAACAAAUCCUCCUCUUCUGUUUCUUUGUCAGUGGGGCAGAUGACUUGUUGCCCAUCCUCUCCUAUGUGGCUCUGCACUGUGAGCUGCCUCAGCUGGUGUCAGAGUGUGCUGCCCUGGAGGAGUUCAUUCAUGAAGGGUAGGUCUCCAAUUUACACACACUUAAAGCCAAGUUCACCUCACAGAAAACGUGUCCCCAACUCCAUUGCACCUGCGAUACGCUACUCUCCCCCUCCAAUCUCAACUCCUGACUCUGGAGACUGUCACCCUCUGGCUUAGUCUGUAUCAGGGUCCCCUUGCGUGUCAGCUCAGACCACACCCGAGAGCUCUAUUUAUCUUAGUAAAAACAGCCUUUAACAAGCUGGUUAGAUUGGCAGUUAUGAAGGAAUGUGGGGAUAUUCUGGUUUGGUUUUCCUUCCCUAUAAAAAUACAAAUAAAAGCCUACUUGAUGUUUAUGCAGCUCAGUGGUUUGGAAGAGCAGAGUGUAGGGAAGGCUGGGCUCACUGGGUCCAAGGCCCUACAGAGGUGGGCCCCCAUGUAGGAAUUAUUGCUGUGAUUUCCAGAAUGACUCAUCAAAAAGUAAAGAGGAUGGGGAGAUGUUAUUUACAUUCCUAUAAAAGCACGCAGCCCCCUGCCCACCCCCACCAUAGACGCUUAGGGAUAGAUAUCUUUCGAUCUCUCUUUCUCUCUCCCUCUCUCUCUCACUCACUCAUUCACUCACUCUCACACACACAUUGCCCUGGCUUGAGUUGCUCUCGUGUCUUGGUCUCAUUAACUUAAGGUCACCCAGAGUUGACUUGAGGCUCAGGCCUUUCACUGCUCCCUUAAGAAAACCUCCACCCUGCUUACUAUCCUGCCUUUUCAUCCUCCCCACGAAUCUGCUCUUCCCUCCCCUUUUACAUACAGAUGGGCCAGGAAAAAACCUAUUGUUUUACUGGACCAUUUGCCUUGUUUAGUCAUGGUAUGGUCGGAUAUGAGGAGGAAACUUGUUGCAUAAAACCAUCUUUAUGAUAAUCCUCAGAAGGAAAUGUGAUUGAAUGAUGUGAGCGUUGAUUUGUUGUUAAGAGCAAAAUGGAAUAAAUUAAUAAAAUAUCAGGUGUUGGUAUUCAAUCACUCAAUCUGCAAUGCUGAUUUUCUUUUAUUGAUCUGUCUGUAAAUUGUACAAUGAUGGUGCAGAGAGUUCUAACGGUUCUUCUCUAUCUCAGGUAUCUGAUUGGAGAGGAGGGCUACUGCUUGACCUCUAUGCAAAGUGCUCUGCAAUAUGUGGAGUCAUUGCACACAGGAGGAUUUCAGUUGCACAACACUAAAUUCACCUGAUACAGGUAAUAUACAUCCAAGAUUAUUAAAAGUCACACUGAGUACAAACGAGAUCUUUCUCAAAUGCAUCCGGUUUAGAGGCAACUCUUCAAUAUUAAUUUGUUUUUAAUCUCAAUUGUUUUUAUCUUACCCUAAACAAUGGUAAAUUGAAGUGAAAUGUUAAGUUGAGAAUUCUAUGAUAACAUUGAGAAAGGGCCCAACUAGAAGUGAUUGAACUGAUUGGGGUUGGAGGGUGCAUUGUUCUCAGUAUCUAUGAAGUUGGAUGAGUCGUAUAGUAUAGCGGGCCCUUGAGCAAUCUUCCCAGAGCUGAAGAAUUUACACAGGGAUUCAUUCUAUGUGACAUCAUCAAACAGUCCCACCUAAACUCCCUGUGACAUAAUUAAUCCAUGCUAACUAAACAUUUGACUUAAAAGUGUGCUCUGUCUGCAGAGCUGUCAGUUAUGCAAGGCUGUUCAGUUAUGAGAAGGACUCCUCUGUUUCACAUUUCAGAUGGAAUAACAGAUUUAGUUUAAAUGUCAAUCCGAUCUCCUCCAAAUUCGUGCGUCCUAAAUGGAACAGUCCGUUGUCGCCUUGGAUAUAAAGGGGGGUGAAUUGGAGUGAUUUGGAGUGUACCUGUAGCCUUUUCUCAUUGAGUGGCCAAUCAAUGUUUUACAGAAUUUCAUCUAAUUUGGGGAUUAUUGUCAUUCUUAGUUCAGCUCCUAUUGAUCUGAAAUUAUUCUGUAUAACAACACACAUGGGCUCAGUACUACACUUCUGCAUAACAUGGAGGUGCAGGCUAGUGCUGUAGUCUGAUUCUCUACCCUUCUCUCUGAAGUGUGCACUCUUUCACCCCUCAUGGAUGUCAGAAGGAAUGGACUGGUGUAAAAGGGAAACUCCCUAGCCCAUGCUUACGCUAAUCCAAUGCAUUUAACUCCAUGGUGGGGUGUAAGCAAGUGUAUACUUUGGGUAGAAGGGUAAAGGAUCGGAAUGCAACCCUGGACCAAGUGAAUAGCAACUUUUCUACCCCUAAGAACAUUCAACCCACAAGGUCAUUGAUUGAAAGUGCAUCCAUUAAAUACAGUAGCUUGAGCACAUUGUAGGUCUCACAUUGUGUAUCUGGGUGUUGGGUACCAAUGAAUUGAGCACUUAUUGUUUGCUGUUUCAGGGUGCUGCUUUGAAAUGGAAUCCAGUAUUCCCCUUGUUGCAGUGCUCUGGAGUGGCAGUGCCUGUUAGCUGCAGACUGGACCACCGUUCAACUUAAUUCAGAUGUUCUGCGCAAGAAAGGACCCUACACU